AUGCCUACCAUCACUAUAAAAGACAGCACAGCCUUCCAAGUCCUCUAUUUUCUGCUGAGCAGCAGCCAGUUGGUCUUGCUGCCUCCCACGUUUUUCAAUGGCCUCCAGACUUCCCUGGAAGGCCUCAUGGACACUCCGUUCCAGGGCUUCCCGAGACACAGAUGGCGUGGUACCGGCUGGCGCCAUGCUGUGAGACCGUGGACGGCUACUGAAGUGACCAACCACUGUCACAAGCUGGUCAUUCCAGAGGGACUGCCCGAUAAGAAACCGUUGGCCGAAGGGAUUCCAUAUUAUCCUCUCGCUGACUACUUUUCUCUGAACUCCCUCAAUCUGUGGUGCCGCGAUGGUAUCCACUUGUCUGACAACCACGGUAUGCAAAUCCUGAAGGAACUGAUUUGGGUGUUUUCCUAUCAGUUCAUGGAGUCCUCAGCACCAAAGCCACUGGUGCAGAGUCAGAGAACUCCUCCCUAUCAACCGAGGUUUGUGCCCCGUGUGGUUGUGAAGGGAGAGGAGCAUUCUCGACCUGCUUCUCCGCUACCUACUGAAUGGAUGCUCGUGAGAUCUGGCAGGAAGAGGAACUACUCGGGAGAAUCAGACGAUUCACCCAAGGAAAGAGUGGUUCAUUGCCAGAGGGACCACACUCCGCAACGUGUAGCGGCUGUAACGCAGUGUGCCAUCCCGUCCAAUCCUGUCCGUUUCUCACCCGCUAUUUUGGUUGCCAUGGAAACAGUUUCUCCAUCGGCCCUUUCAGAUGUUCGCACAGGCACCGAGACAAAGCCUGUGGAACAUACAAAAAAACCACCUGUCUCAAAGCUGAGGCUUGUGAGACAGAAGGUUGUACUCAAGUGA